UAAAUAUAUAUAUAGGAAUGUAAUGUGAAGCACAAUUUAAGGUUCCGUUUGAUGACAUGUGUGAAAUGCUUUAAAAUGAAUUGCAAUGUCCGGUUAACGACUAUAAAGUCAGACUUCCUCUAUAGAGGAAAAAAAAAACCGAACCUCUGUUAGGAGGUGCAAUCGUGUGAAGUAGUGAAAUGAUGGAGCCGUGACGUCGUCCUACAAUGUUAUGGUUCUCCUGGUGCGGUGACGUAAUACCACAAAAACAUGGUUCCGUUGUUUUGAACCAGAAAGCUUGCUAAGCAUUUUUUUUUUAAGUAAAUGCGAUUUAUAUUGCUCCCCUCAAAGUCAGUGGAAGCCCCCUCCCCGCCCCCCAUGCCAGAUGAUGGCUCAGAGCAUGGAAACGUGUGCGGAAUCUGGACGCCAGCUGCGCUCCAUCUGCCGGAGGAUGUACGAUGAAAACGAAGACUUUUCUGACGUGGAGGAAAUUGUCAACAUCAGAGGAUUUAGUCUAGAGGAAAAACUCGCCAGUAAUAGAUACAAUGCAGACUUUGUCCAGGCGAUGGAAGGCAAAGAUUUCACCUAUGAAUAUGUUCAGCGAGAAGCUCUAAGGAGCCCACUCAUAUUCAAACUCAAAGAUGGCCUUGGGAUCAGAAUGCCUGACGAAGAAUUUACCGUCAGUGAAAUUAAAGGUUUAGUUGGCAGCCGUCGCUCAGUGGACGUCAUGGACGUGAGCACGCAGAAGGGCUCGGAGAUGACCAUGGCGCAGUUCGUCCGCUACUAUGAGACCCCGGAGAAAGAGCGGGAGAAACUGUUCAACGUCAUCAGCUUGGAGUUCAGCCACACCAAGCUGGAGCACCUCAUCAAACGCCCUACUGUGGUGGACCUAGUGGACUGGGUGGACAACAUGUGGCCGUCUGAACUCAAGCAAAGACAAACCGAGUCCACCAACGUCAUCUCAGAGAUGAAGUACCCUAAAGUGCAGAGGUAUUGUCUGAUGAGUGUCAAGGGCUGCUAUACAGACUUCCACAUUGAUUUCGGCGGGACUUCGGUAUGGUAUCACGUCUUCAAGGGAAAAAAGGUUUUCUGGCUGGUGCCCCCCACCCCUCACAACCUGGCCCUCUAUGAGGACUGGGUGCUAUCAGGCAAGCAGAGCGACAUCUUCUUGGGGGACCGGGCUGACGGGUGCCAGAGAGUGGAGCUGAAGCAGGGACAUACCUUCUUCAUCCCCUCAGGAUGGAUCCAUGCUGUCUACACCCCCGAGGAUACCCUGGUGUUCGGAGGAAACAUCCUUCACAGCUUCAACAUUCCCAUGCAGCUCAGUAUCUAUGAGAUAGAGAACAGGACGAAGGUGAACUCCAAAUUCCGCUACCCGUUUUACCACGAGAUGUGCUGGUAUGUGUUGGAGCGGUACGUCUGCUGCCUGACCAAGAAGUCCUACCUGUCCAAGGAGCUCCACAAAGAUCGCACGCUCCAAGACUCUGAGGUAAAGAUGGGCACAGCGAGCCCCCCCUCGGACCCCCCUGCCCGGGACGUGGACGAGACCCGGGCGGGGGACCACCAGGAGGGGGACAAAGCAGACUCCCAGGAGGACAGAUGCAUCCACACGCCCGCGUUCCCCAAAGACCCCUCCGGAAGACCCUGUGGCGCCGGCGCCCCGGAGCCCCGCGGCCGACACACCCACCUGACAGAGUUUGAGUUGGAGGGGCUCCAGGCUCUGGUGGACAAGCUGGAGGCCCUCCCGGAGAACAAGAGGUGUGUCCCCGAAGAGCUGAAGGAGCCACAGGCGCUGCUGGAACACAUCAAGGUUCUCCUAAAAGAGCAUGCAGAUGACGACCCCAAACUAGCCAUCAGUGGGGUUCCUGUGGUCUCCUGGACAACUGGCACCACCAAGCCUCCGGCUCCGCCGACGCCCAACCGCCCCAAACCCAAGAUGACCACCUCUCCCGCGUCGCCGGCGGUCAAACUGCCGGCGGGCCGCGCGGCGUCGGGCUCCAGGAGGCGCCGGACGCGCUGCCGCCGCUGCGAGGCGUGCACGCGCAGCGAGUGCGGCGCCUGUCACUUCUGCAACGACAUGAAGAAGUUUGGCGGGCCAGGCCGCAUGAAGCAGUCCUGCAUCAUGAGGCAGUGCAUCGCUCCCGUGCUGCCCCACACCGCCGUGUGUCUGGUCUGCGGCGAGGCGGGCAAGGAGGACACGGUGGAGGCCGAGGAGGACAAGGUCAGCCUCAUGCUCAUGGAGUGCUCCAUCUGCAACGAGAUCCUCCACCCCGCUUGCCUGAAGGUGAAAGACUCGGGCGGAGUCGUUAACGACGAGCUGCCCAACUGCUGGGAAUGCCCCAAGUGCAGCCAUGCUGGGAAAAGUGGGAAACAAAAGAGGGGUCCAGGGUUCAAGUACGCGUCCAACCUGCCCGGGUCGCUGCUCAGAGAGCCGCGCCUCGACCUCCGGGACAUCAAGGAGGAGGAGCCCGACCCCCACGCCGACGUCACCACGGCAACCGCCGGGUACGUGUUCGGCGGAGAGGUGCCUUCCGUGAAGAAGAUGUUGGGGGAUUGGGAGAGGAAGGACAGCUUGAAGAAGCGCAGUGGAGGUAGUGGGGAGGAAGAAGAUGAUGAGGAGGAGGGGGAGGAGCCUGUGAGGAAGAGUCCUCCUGUGAUGUCGCAAGAUGGGGAGGAGCCUGUGAGGAAGAGGCCUCCCAUGAUGUCGCAAGAGGGGGAGGAGCCUGUGAGGAAAAGGCCACCCAUGAUGUCACCAGAGGGGGAGGCGCCUGUUAGGAAGAGGCCUCCUCUGAUGUCACUAGAGGGGGAGGAGCCUGUGAGGAAGAGGCCUCCUGUGACGUCACCAGACGGGGAGGAGUCUGUUAGGAAGAGGCCUCCUAUGAUGUCGCUAGAGGGGGAGGAGCCUGUGAGGAAGAGGCCUCCUGGGAUGUCACUAGAGGGGGAGGAGCCUGUGAGGAAGAGGACUCCUGGGAUGUCACCAGAGGGGGAGGAGCCUGUGAGGAAGAGGACUCCCAUGAUGUCACUAGAAGGGGCGCCCCGGCCGAGGCUUGAGGGCAACCCACUGAGGAAGAAGAGGAAGCUGUUCGACACAAACGAUGAAGAUGUCAUCAAGAAGAAGAGGCCUUCAAAGCCCGACAACUCUGGCACCCUGACGCUGUUCCGGCAGAUCAAAACAGAACCCGACGACGGUGACUAUGGCGACGCACCCUCCGGCGACCAAGGGGAGUUCCUCGCAAAACAGGACAGGUACCGGGACCCGCCUCACGUGAAGGAACCCGCCACGGACGAAGACGAAGGAGGCCCACAGGACGAGGAAGAAGAGGAGAAACCCGUCAAACAGGAAGUCAAUCCGGGCGAUGCAGAGGUCAAAAUCAAGGUCCCGCCCACAGCUGCGUCCAGAGUGAGCGACUGGCGCUCCUCUUCCUGCGCUUCUCGGGCGGGGCCCAGCGAGGCCAUCGGCGGCCAGGGGCGGGGCCCCGGUCCCCUCAAGGGCCGCCUCCAGCGCCGGCGUCUGCCCAACAAGGAGCUGAGCAGGGAGCUGAGCAAGGAGCUCAACCAGGAGAUCAACCCCGGGCUGGCCCCGCCCCCAACGCAGACGUCAGCCAAUCGCGGUCGAAGGCCGCCGAAGAGGGUGAAGCCGUCGACCGAUGGCAGCCGCCGAUCGAUUAAGACGGAGGAACCGCCGAACCCCCAGCCGAUCCUGACCAAUCACGGCGGCAGGACGGUGAAAGCGGAAGAGGCCUCGGCCAAUCCGAGCCGCAGACCGGCGAUCAAGAGCGAACCCCAGGGCGAGGGGGAGGAGCCUAAGCCACACCAACCAAAGCGGACCCAAGACGCCGGCAGGUUCUCCCCUCCCCCGCUGGGCUGCAGUCGACCCCCGGCCGUCCCGCCCAGACCGACCCACCCUCUGCACAAGCUCCACCCCCCUACGGAGCGCCACGUCAUCAGGCCGCCGCCCAUCAGCCCCCCUCCGGACCGCCUGCCGCUGGCCAACGGCCGGACGCACGCGCUGCGGCGGGAGCUGUGGAGGGCGGUGUUCGGCCGGCUCACGCACGGCGAGCUGUGCACCUGCAUGCGCGUCUGCAAGACCUGGAACCGAUGGUGCUGUGACAAGCAGCUGUGGCGGCGUGUGGAGGUGCGGCGCUGCAGGUCCAUCAGCGCCCUGAUGCUGAGCGGGGUGAUCCGCCGGCAGCCCGUGGCCCUGGACCUCGGCUGGACCAACAUCUCCAAGACCCAGCUCAGCUGGCUCAUCCACAGGCUGCCUGGUCUGAGGGUGCUGCUGCUGUCUGGGUGCUCGUGGGCGGCGGCGUCGGCCCUGUGCACCUCCAGCGGCCCCCUGCUGAGGACCCUGGACGUCCAGUGGGUGGAGGGGCUCGCGGACCCCCAGAUGAGAGACCUGCUCUCCCCCCCCACGGACAGCAGACCAGGCCAGUGUGACAGCCGGAGCCGGCUGCGUAACGUGGAGGAGCUGCGGCUGGUGGGGCUGGACAUCACGGACGCCACGCUGCGGCUGCUCAUCCUCCACAUGCCGGCGCUCACCCUGCUGGACCUCAGCUACUGCAACCACGUCACCGACCAGUCGGUCAACCUGCUGACCGCCGCCGGCACCGCCACAAGGGACUCCCUGACGCACGUCAGCCUCGCGGUCUGCAACAGGGUCACGGACCAGUGCCUGGCGUACUUCAAGCGCUGCGGCAGCAUCUGCCACAUCGACCUGCGCUACUGCAAGCUGGUCACCAGGGAGGGCUGCCAGCGCUUCAUCGCCGAGAUGUCCGUGAGCGUGCCGUUCGGACUGCGGGAGGAGAAGCUGCUGCAGCGGAUCAGCUAGUCGGCACGAGGAGGAGGGACUUGUUUUUUCUACAGCCGGUCAUUUGGAUGAGUCGCCAUGAGCCAUUUUCACGAUCGGUCCGUUUGUGACAUCACAACGGGUACGGAGGGGCUAGGAGGCCUCCCACCUUGUGAUGUCACAAGUCGGGAGGGACCACCCAUCCGUCCUAAGUAUGAGUGGACGCUCCCACCUUGUGGUGUCACAAAUGGGUGUAUGUUGAAAUGGCUCUUAUGCCGCGUUUCCACUGCAGGGUGCGGAACGGAUCGGUUCGCAAAGGUGCGGUACGGGUCGCGUUUCCACCGCCAAAAGUGGGCGUGACCCGGACUUAGCUGUACCCGUUUUGGCCUCGUUUUCAGUACUCCUCCGUUGGUGUACUGAAAACGAGACGAGACGCCUGAAAGGGUCCCUGGAAAUUCUAGUUACACACCCCCUCCGUUGAUUGGUCGACAGAAUCAUUACUUCCGGGCGACGUGGGGAUAAAAACAAACAAACAGUAGCCUCGAGGUAUUAUUCUUUACAAUUAACAUGUCGCGUAAAACGCUUGCUUGGGUGAACAAGGAGGUGGAGACGUUCGUCUGCAUUCUUGGGGAGGAAGACGUUGUUUACGAUGUUUACGUAGCUGCCGCGGCGAUCGACAUCCGGGCUACCACCAAGGGUACUGUCGGCGGUGGAAACGCAACCUCGGAACUGAGCUGGGCUAUACCGCCCCCUCCCUACCGCACCUUUGCGAACCGAUGCGUUCCGCACCCUGCAGUGGAAACGCGGCAUUAGAGGCCGUCCUACAAUACGCAUGCAUGGUGGUAGUACGUACUAUUUAACCUGAGUAGCAGUGCCAUUUUGGCCAGGAUACGUACUUAACACAGCCUGGAACAGGGUUGGGGUAGAGUCUUAACCCAGGCCAGAUCAAUGGAACAGGGUUAGGGUAGAGUCUUAACCCAGGCCAGAUCAAUGGAACAGGGUUAGGGUAGAGUCUUAACCCAGGCCAGAUCAAUGGAACAGGGUUAGGGCAGAAUCUUAUCCCAGGCUAGAUCACUAGAACAGGGUUAGGGUAGAAUCUUAACCAAGGCUAGAUCACUGGAAAAGGGUUAGGGUAGAAUCUUAACCAAGGCUAGAUCACUGGAAAAGGGUAAGGGUAGAAUCUUAACUAAGGCUAGAUCACUGGAACAAUAGAAACAUUAGAACAGCAUCCAUUGGUUUGGAUGUUUCUUUGUCGUUUGUAUUCCUAAAACCUCUGCACCUUUCCAGCUUUUCUUUGUUAUAUUGUAUUACAGAAUGACAAUGUAUGUACGUUUUGUUGUGCAUAGAGUUAACUGUUCUAAUGCAAGGUUAUUGCAUUGCUGAAAAAAAAUAUUUUUGUAUCAGAAAGUAUUUCAUAUCUUUUAUGUGCAAUAUUUGAUGCACUGUUGUACCUAAUAGUAAUUAAUAAUUACUAUAAUUAUUACUUUAUGUUGUUAAAAUUUCUUAUAGACUUUCAUCACUGAUUUAGAUUUUUAUUUGUCAAGGAUAUUUUUUGCUGAUAAAAUACUUUUUUUUAUGUGGUGCUUAUUUUCCAAAGUUUGUUCACUUGUAAGCCAAAUUUGCAAUGUUAAAUAAUGGACACUUACAGAGUAAUACUAAUUUAAGGCAGGGCAAUAAAAAAGGCACUGAUUCAUCAAAUAACAAACAUUUGUUAAAGCACAUUGCGUUAUUUUCACUUUUAAAGGUUAUCUUGUUUUUUACACAAAUCUGUAAACGAUUCGACAUUUAUAACAGCAUUGAUAAUGUUUAUGACUGUUGUUUUCUAGCUGUGGUUAUUUCUGUUCAAGGUUGAUGGAAGACUAGCGACUACAAUUACCUCCUUAACUGGAAUAUCUUUUUUGAGUUAUGAACGGGUGAAGGGGUUAAUAAAUGUAGUCAUGUCUGCUGAAUAGUUUUAUAAGUGUUACAUAAUGUUAUAGAAGACAUUUAUCCGAAUGAAUGGUAUAACAUAAUAUAGUGCAUCUAUGUGAAUGAGUGGUAUAUAAUGUAUACAUAAAGUUUUAUGAAGAAAUAAACACUACCCAAGAUAUCUUUU